AUGAUUUCCGACGACGAGCUCUACAAGCUUGCCAUCUUCCUGGGCUCUAUUUCCAUGGUGCUCAUUGUGGUAUACCACUUCCUGGAAGUGAACUCACAAGACAAGUCAGCCGCCGCGGUAAAGAAGGCAUCAUGA